CGACGCGGCGUUCAAGUCCUUCGACGACCGCCGCGCUGACUAGUUCGUUUGCCUUGGAGCUAAUCGACUCCACAUACCAUAAACCAAACGUAUUAAGAGUGAAGCGAGUGAAGAGUACAUUUAUUUGGUUUUUAGUGGACUUCGUUGUGCCUCGAUUCGGGUGGCCAAACAGUGCACAGCAGAGCGAAAAAGAGGGAAACAGAAGGAAACAAGUGCGGUGUUUGGCGGCAGAAAUAAUUGUAACAUUGUUUGCCAGCGCCUUUAUAGGGUGUUUAACUUUCACGCCCUUCCCCCAUCGCCUUCUACCCUCCUACCCCAACCGAAAGUCGUUUGUGUCGGCAUGCGUGAGAGCCAUUUGCAUAAAUUCCACGUCUGACUUCGAGUUUUUUUCCGCGGUGUGAAUGAGAAAUUGCCAGACAUUUCAGAAACCAGGAAAAAAGCAAGAGAAAGUUUCGCAUAAAUAAGCAUUUAAAUUGCCCCUGCAACAAUGCCUGCCACCAACAUUUUGCGGCUAAUUCUAUUGGCGGCGGCAUUGAGCCGUCCCGUUGUUGCAGCUGCCACUGCCGGCGUGGUGCUCAGCGAUGUGAACAACAUGUUGCGUGAUGCCGCCCGUACCACUUCGGAGAACCCGCAGAAAGCAAAGGACAGGAAGGAGCAGACAGUGCCCUCCAGUGUGGAACUGCUGCGCUUUGUGGAGGAUGCCGAGGAGGGCGUAGAAAGCGAGGACGAGAGCCUCAGCUCCCUGGAAAUGCUCUCGAGCGGACAGACCCUGCCCCAGACUGCCCAGCACACCACCGCCUCCUUCAAGCUGGACGAUCAGGUGCGCCUGCUCUCCAAGCAGCUGAAUGCCCUGAUAAUGCGCCGCCGCGAGGAUUACGAGAUGCUCGAGCACAAUCUACGCAAGUCCCUAAGGCUCACAACGGAUGCGGCCAGCGCUGAUGCCGAUAUGCGGACUGAACUGAACAAACUCAGAGAAGAGGUGGCUAGCCUGCGCGGCUCCCAGGGCAGCAACAAGGAGCGCCUCACCGUCGAGUGGCUGCAGCAGGCCAUAUCCGAGAUACGCAAGCAGCUGGCAGAGCUGCAGCAUACUGCCGGCAACGUGGCCAAGGACGUGCAGCAGCGCAGCGCCGGCUACGAGGAUCUGGCCACCAUCCGCAACGAUUUCCAGCAGAUCAAGCUAGAGCUGGCCGCCCAGCACGAGCGACAGCAACAGACGGAGGUGCUCGUCCAAGAGCUGCGCGAGGAGAUGCUCCAGCAGGAAGAGGACUACCAGCACGCCCUUUCCCGCCACCAGAAGUUAAACCCCCAGCCGAACUCAGCCAGCAUCGAGGAGGAGAGUAGCAGCAGCAGCAGCACCAGCAGCCAGGAGCUCUCUGGCUCCAGUUCCAGCUCCAACGUCGCGCUGGCCGACCACAAACGCCGUCACUGCCGCUUCCAGAGCCAACAGAUCCACGCACUGCAGCAGGCCCAUCGUGGACUUCGGCGGCAGGUGAAUGAGCUACGAUUCCAUCACAUUGAUGAGCGGGUACGCGGCCUGGAGGUGGAGCAGCAUCGCAUUGCCAAUGCCAACUUCAAUCUGAGCAGCCAAAUCGCGUCGCUGGACAAGCUGCACACGUCCAUGCUGGAGCUGCUCGAGGACGUGGAGGGGCUGCAGACGAAGAUGGACAAGAGCAUACCGGAGCUGCGGCAUGAGAUCUCCAAGCUGGAGUUUGCCAACGCCCAGAUCACCUCGGAGCAGAGCCUGGUGCGGGAGGAGGGCAAGAACGCGGCUCGCUCUCUCCAGGCCAUGGCCGUCAGCGUGAGCGUGCUGCAGGACGAGCGCAAUGGCAUCCGGAAGCUCGUGAGCACAGUGGAGAGCCUGCAGACGAACGUGGACAGGCUGCAGUCGUUGGUGAACGAUGAACUGAAGAACAAGCUCUCCCACCUGAACAAGCCCCACAAGCGUCCGCACCACCAGCUGCAGCAGCAACACCAGCAGCUGCAACAGGAGGCCAGCAUCGACUCGGCCCUGGCGGAGACCCUCGUGAGCGAACUGGAGAAUGUCGAGGCACAGUACGAGGCCAUCAUCAACAAGCUGCCACACGACUGCAGCGAGGUGCACACACAGGCGGAUGGCCUGCAUCUGAUUGCGCCCGCCGGCCAGCACCACCCCCUGAUGUCGCACUGCACCGCGGAUGGAUGGACCACGGUGCAGCGACGUUUCGACGGCAGUGCCGACUUCAAUCGCACUUGGGCGGACUAUGCCCAUGGCUUCGGCAAGCCCGGCGGCGAAUUCUGGAUCGGCAACGAGCAGCUGCAUCACCUCACGCUGGACAAUUGCAGCCGCCUGAGGGUGCAGAUGCAGGACAUCUACGACAACGUGUGGGUGGCCGAGUAUGCCCGAUUCUACAUCUCGUCGCGUGCCGAUGGCUUCCGCCUGCAGAUCGGGGAGUAUAGCGGGAAUGCAUCCGAUGCACUUAACUACCAGCAGGGUAUGCAGUUCUCGGCCAUCGACGACGACCGCGACAUCUCACAGACGCACUGCGCUGCCAAUUAUGAGGGGGGCUGGUGGUUCUCUCAUUGCCAGCACGCCAAUCUGAAUGGGCGCUACAACCUGGGGCUGACUUGGUUCGAUGCCGCUCGCAACGAAUGGAUAGCGGUCAAGUCCAGUCGGAUGCUGGUGAAGCGCGUACCUGCCGCCGAGUGUCAGGCGGCAGCCACAAGCGCUGCGGGCGCUGCGCCGUUUGCGACAAGUGCAACCUCAACCACAAACCCAGAGGCGGUGUCGGUGGCAUUGGCGGCAUCCACCAGUACGCCCAGUACUGUGGUGCAGUUCAUUGCCGCCGGACAGGCGUAAGUGAGCUGUAAACACCCACCCCCAGACCCGUGAAGCGGGUAACGGGCACAGGGAACGGCUACAGUGAACCACCAGAGCCAGGCCUACUAUAGUUGGGAGUGCACUGAUCGUUUGUGGGAGUGCUGGCGGAAAUGGAAGUGGAGCUCUAAAAGAUCCCCAAUCCUAAUCCUAAUUAUGUUAGUGUAAAGUGGACGAAUAGUCCUUGUACAUAGUCUAAACAGCCCUAAGUUGUAGCAUUAAUCUGUCAAAUGGAGCUUACCCUAGAGACGUGUGUGCGCGUAGUCAAAAGUCGAUCCAUCAGUUGUGUCGCCGUAAACCCAAGCAAAUCGUAUAAAUAUUCAAUUCUUUGGUCUUUCAAGCAGAUCUCAUAGAGGCUUAAGUCCCACACAGCUCUCGAGAGAGAAUGAGAGUGGGAAUAUCAUAUGAGAAGAAGCCGAGUGGAGUGAAUGUCUAGACAUAAUCCUCCCCUGCCCCAUCCCACGUAACUUAGUUCUUACCUUUAAGAGCAGCAGCUAUCGACCUAUUCUAGGCUAAGGCUCAUCUCAGACAAAUAAUAAAUAUACUGAAAUAUACUGGAAAUGGACAUGGAAAACAUGUACUUUCAGCGUCAGUUUAAGGAUCUAGCUUAGGGCCCCCCCAUAUCAGUCAUAAACAGUAAAGAUAUCUAGAUAUAACGUUGGUAAUUGUAAUUGUAAUUGUAAUUGUAAUUGUUGUAACAUAUGUAUAAUGUUGGGUCCCCCCAUUAAUGCUUACUAAGUGUCUGCUUCAGAGUUGUAAUCCCCCCCAAUCGAACAACCAAACCAAGCUCCCGCCCCUAAGCAAACCAACCAACCAACGGAGUCGCAUGCCAAAGAGAUCAAGUCAGAAAUAGUUACCGAAAACACCUACAAAAGUAUGCAAAUUUAUACACACAAAACAAAACAAAAAACAAAAGAACGAAAACGUAAAAA